CCCCCUCCCCCCGGGGCUAUAAAGCGCGGGUCGGCCGGCGGGCGCUCGCCUCCCUGCUCCUCGCGCCGGGACGCGGCGGCCAGGCUUGCACGCGGCUCCGGUGGGCGGACUCCCGGGCGAGAUGCAGUGGGUGUGGGCGCUCGUGCUGCUGGCGGCGGCGGGCGGCGGGCGCGCGGAGCGCGACUGCAGAGUGAGCAGCUUCCGAGUCAAGGAGAACUUCGACAAGGCUCGCUUCUCUGGGACCUGGUAUGCAGUAGCCAAGAAGGACCCCGAGGGUCUCUUUCUGCAAGACAACAUCAUCGCUGAGUUCUCCGUGGACGAGAAAGGCCACAUGAGCGCCACAGCCAAGGGCAGAGUGCGUCUGUUGAGUAACUGGGAAGUGUGCGCAGACAUGGUGGGCACCUUCACGGACACCGAAGACCCGGCCAAAUUCAAGAUGAAGUACUGGGGCGUUGCCUCCUUUCUCCAGAAAGGGAAUGACGACCACUGGAUCAUCGACACGGAUUACGACACCUUUGCGCUGCAGUACUCCUGCCGCCUGCUCAAUCUGGACGGCACCUGUGCCGACAGCUACUCCUUCGUGUUCUCCCGUGACCCCAACGGCCUGACCCCGGAGGCGAGGGCGCUGGUGCGCCAGCGGCAGGAGGAGCUGUGCCUGGACAGGCAGUACCGGAGGAUCGAGCACAACGGUUACUGUCAAAGCAAAUCAGGAAGAAACUUUUUGUAGUAACAUCAAAGAUGUAAAAUUUCAUUUGGAAACUUUCACCUAACUCUCAGUCUUCGCUAUUUAUCUUACGCGUUCAGUCUUCCCUGCAUCUCCCUGUGUGAACAUAAAACCGUCCUUACAUAUAAAAUGUAUGUGGGAAGGAUAAAAUCUGCUCACAUCAAAUGUAUACCUUGCUGAAGUUUUCUGAGGGACUACUUGAGGGUUGGGAUUCCAAACUUUGAUUUAUUAAAAUAUAGACACCAGCUUUC